AUGGCUGUGUCUUUACAGCUUCCACCUAUAUUUCUCUACCUCCAAUUUCCCAUCAUGAUCUUGAAUAAUGCCGUCGCGCUUGCGCUGAGACCUGAGCGCCAGUUUCUCCGUGUGUCCAUCACCCUACCCAUACUUGUUGUGUUUGCCGCGCAGUCACUAUACCGAGAAUUGGAUACCAGCUGGGGUUACAAGUACGGGAUGGAAACCCUUACGACGUGUCUGGUUUAUCACUAUAUUGGCUGGGUACUUCUAGGGGUCCCGGAUAAAGAAGGAUGGUACAAGAUCCAGUAUGGCAAGGGAAACGAACACGAGAAGAAAAAGGAUAAGAUGACGAACGGCAAGAUGAAUGGCAAUGGUGUACCAGCGAACAAGAAAUACCAGUAUGUACCAGGCGGAGCAGGUACAACUUUCUGGAGCCGAUUGUGGUGGGCCAUACGUCUUUCCUGUACAAACAGAUAUGUUGGUUGGAGUCAACAAGUCAAGGGUGUUAUCAUGGAAGUUCCAUCCGAUUAUCCUCGUCUUCGUUUCAUAGUCGAAAAACUUGUCCACGGUUUCAUAUACUGGGCAAUCUCUGAUAUCCUCACGGCAUACACCGCCACCUCCCCAUACGGCACAUAUAUCGACUUGCAGCGUUCAAACGUAAAACCGUAUCAGCCCUUCGCCCCAGAUGCCCCCUUUUGGGGAGUCCGCUUCUGGUACACGUGGGUGCAUAUCCUAAUCACGCGGUGCACCCUCGCAGUCUGCUUCGCAAUCAGCGGUAUCUUCGCCGUCGCACUCGGCCUCGCGAACCCGCGUGAUUGUCCUUCCGCCUUCGGCCUUGUCCGCGAUCUCUGGAGCGUACGGCAAGCUUGGUCUCUGGUGUGGCACCAGCAGUUGCGCUUCAUAUGUAGUGCCCCGGCUAUUUGGCUCGCUCGCGACGUAUUUCGGUUUCCAAAGGGAAGUUUCGGAUCAAGAUAUGUGCAGCUUUUCGUGACGUUCGCCAAUUCGUGGAUUAUUCAUUCCGUGGCGGCGAUGCUGGUGAAUCAGGCAUGGACCGAUGAUGGUGGGUUUGUGUUCUUCAUGAGCCAGGCGGUGAUUAUCUUGGUCGAGGAUCAUCUUAUUGCUUUGGGGAAGAAGAUGGGGUUCAGAGAUAAUUGGAUGUGGCGGGUGGUGGGCUUGGUGUGGACUGUGAUCAUGGUUGGAUGGCCGGCUGAGUAUUGGGUCAGCAGACACAUUAGUUAUGGCAUUUGGGUACAUCAAAGAUCGCCUGAUCUGUUGGGCAUCGGGCCUAAAUAA